AUGGCACAACCCGAACUUAGCGAUGCCGCGAUGAAAUUUGUCAAUGAGCUGGAAAUGGAAAUGAUGGUCGAUAUGUAUAACAGAAUGACCCAAGCCUGCCAGAAAAAGUGCAUUCCUGCCAAGUACAAAGAUCCAGAGCUGUCCAAAGGUGAAGCUGUCUGUAUUGACAGAUGUGUCGCUAAAUAUCUGGAAGUCCACGAUCGCAUUGGCAAGAAACUGACAGCGUUGUCACAGCAAGAUGAAGCAACAAUGAAAAAGAUGCAGCCUACGGGACAUUAA